CAGUCCGUGUCACACACUCAUUGGCAAUAAUCCAGCUAGUCCCAUCUAACAUUGCAGCAGCUAGCGAUGGCUGCUGGUACUCUGGCCUGCUUUGCUCGGCAUGCACUAUUGCUUCUAGCUGUGGUGCUGCAGCCGCUGCUUCCAUGCUCCGUCGUGGUCGACGCGCAGCCCUCGCCGGGGUUCUACCCGAGCAAGAGGUUCCAGGCGCGGCCCUUUUACCGUGACUUCCGCAACCUAUGGGGCGCGCAGCACCAGUCCGUGUCCGGCGGCGGCGACGUCACCAUCUGGCUGGACUCCACCUCGGGGAGCGGCUUCAAGUCGCGCCGCGCCUUCCGCUCCGGCUACUUCGGCGCCUCCGUGAAGCUGCAGCCCGGGUACACCGCCGGCGUCAUCACCGCUUUCUAUCUGUCCAACAGCGAGGCGCACCCGGGGUUCCACGACGAGGUGGACAUGGAGUUUCUGGGGACGACGCCGGGCCGGCCGUACACGCUGCAGACCAACGUGUACAUCCGCGGCAGCGGCGACGGCGGCCCCGGCCGGGUCGUCGGCCGCGAGGUCAAGUUCCACCUCGACUGGUUCGACCCCACCGCCGACUUCCACCACUACGCCGUCCUCUGGAACCCCUCGCAGAUCAUCUUCUACGUGGACGACGUGCCGAUCCGGCGGUACCCUCGUCGGAGCGCGGCGACGUUCCCGCGGCGGCCGAUGUGGGUGUACGGCUCCAUCUGGGACGCCUCCUCCUGGGCCACCGACGACGGCAGGUACAAGGCCGACUACCGGUUCAGCCCCUUCGUCGCCCGCUUCUCCGGCCUCAUCCUCCGCGCCUGCUCCGUGCGCUCCCCGCCGCAGUGCCGCUCGCCCAGCCCCGGGCCGUCGGUCGACGACGCGCUGAGCCCGCGGCAGGAGGCGGCGAUGCGGUGGGUGCAGCGCAACCACAUGGUGUACAACUACUGCCUCGACCCCAAGAGAGACCACGCACGCACGCCAGAAUGCAUCCAUCAUGCAGGCGAUAGCCAAUAAAUAAAGCUACCACAACAAAUAAUGUAUAUGCAUCGUCAUAUAUAUACUCAUAUAUCUAUAUAUAAUGUAGUUAAUUUCAACCCCCACCCCCCAUUUAGUGACUAAACAGUACUUAAUAAUCAAGCAGGCAAAAUAGUAAGUACUGCUAUGAAGGACAAGGAUUGUUUGCAGCUGGUAUUUUAAUUUGUGAACACGGCGUCUGGAUCAU